AUGAAUGACGGUACACUCGUCAUUCGUGGAGAGAAGGUUCCGUCGCGAAAUGUAGGCGGUGUUGGUUUCGUUGUGCGCCCAUCUGUCGUCCAUCUCGUCGAUUCUCACGAGAUCCUGUCACCUCGUCUGGCCAUUCUUCGCCUCCGCCCUCUGCGCCAAAAAUCCAUCAGUAUCAUCAACUGCUAUUCACCAACAUCAGCAGCUGAUGAUUUCGAAUUGGACGCGUUUUACGAGGAGCUGGAAGUAGUCCGCAACGAGAAGUCCUUUUACAAACUCGUUGUCGGAGACUUCAACGCAAAACUAGGAAAGGCCACAGAAAAGGAAUACAGGAUUGGAAGAUUUGGACUAGGGGACCGGAAUGAAAAUGGCAAUCGUCUCGCCGGGCUGUUGUCCGUCGCUCGCCUCUUUCAUGGGAACUCUCUUUUCAUGAAAAAAGAUCAUCGUCGGUGGACAUGGGAAUCGCCCAAUGGCGCGACUCGUGCGGAGAUCGACCACAUACUCACCAACCGGAGGUGGUGUCUACUUGACGUUUCAGUAGUACCAUCCUUUUGUAGUGGUUCUGAUCACCGUCUCCUUCGUGCGAAAAUACGACUUAGCCACACGAUGGAAAAGAACAUCUGCUAUCGGCAACGAAGGAGAAAAGAAGUCGUCUACGACGAUUGCGUACUCGAGGACUCCUUGUCCCAAGGUGACUGGCACAUCGAGGAGGACCCAAACGUGGACUACGAGAUGCUGCUCAGAGGAUUACGAGCCUGUGCUGAACGUGCCUUGAAGCCGCGCACGACAAACAUGGAUCGAAUUUCGAAGACCACCAAGGAAUUGUUAGGAAGAAGAAGGACUUUGAGGCUUGAUCCGAAUGCAUCGCACAUUGAGCGGUUACUAGCAAACACUAGCUGCAGAAAAGCGUUGCAGGGGGAUCUUUUGAAGUACAGGCAGAAGAAGAUUCUAGAAGCAGCACAAAGAAGAACGAGUCUAAAGAAGUGCUGCAGGGAUCUCCGCGAAUAUAAUAUUCCGCUAGCAACCUUGCUGAGCGAAGACGGAACUCGCUCGUCGUGGGAUGGAAAUCAUUACGGAGAAAUUCUACUCGAACCUUUUCCGUUCAUCAACUCCUGUGUCAAGCCCAACCAUCCCCACUGGUCAAGCUCCACCACGGAUUCUUCCUUCGGAAGUACGAGUCGCUAUCAAGAGCAUGAAACCUGGCACAGCCCCCGGACCUGA